AUGAUGACCGCCGCCGAACUCCCCGACCACGUCCGCGAGUCCCAGGCUGCCCUGGAAUUUCCGCAGGGCAUAGCCGCGCUGGACGGCUGCCACUUGCCUGUGUCGCCACCUAAGGUCAACGCCAGCGACUAUUACAACUACAAGGGCUGCGCUAAAAUGUAUUCCACGUUUAAUGAGGUGGAAAUGACGAAACAUUACCAAAACACGAGAUGUACAGCAUCAUCCUUGUGGCCCUUGUUAUUGACGUACCAGAACCGGUACCGGUUCUGGUACGUCAACGUGGGGACGUCAGGGCGGUGCCACGACGCGCACGUCUUUCGGAGGUCGGCACUGGCAAAAAUUCUGGAAGGGCCAACGUUUACAACACCAAUGGUCACCAUUAACGGGAGUGCCGUGCCGCCGCUGGUUCUCUGCGACCAAGCCUUUCCUCUGACGUGCAACAUGCUGAAGCCAUACGCACGCAAGAGUGUCACGGGAAAGUCUCCACAGGAGAAGUUCAACCGGCAACUGUCAUCAGCAUGUAGGGUCGUGGAGAACGCCUUCGGCAGGAUCAAGGCACGGUUCCGCUUCAUCAUGAAGCGGCUGGAGUGCGACGAGGACAACGCCCGCUUCGUUAUACGGGCUUGCUACACGUUGAAUAACAUCUGCGAGCAGUUCAAUGAUGGCGUGGAGUCCCAGUGGCUCACCGAAGUUGGCACGGAGGCCCGUUUCUACGAGCAGCCAGUCUGCAACACGGAUGCCGUGGCAGGCAAUGGGUAG